AUGGCACGACGCCGCGGAGGUGGCUCCCAGAGCCUGAGACCGAUACGUAAAAGAAAAAAAGCCUCUGAUCGGAAGACAGCAGCGUACAAGCGGGCCGUAGCCAUCCUGGGAGAGGAGCGAGUUCAGCAGAUCCGUCGGGACUGGGACUCAUGGGACACAAGCUAUGGCGGAAAAGAGUGGCAGCAGUCGGAAGGUGUCGUGCUUCAGCUUCUACAAUUAGGACUCUCGGAACGUGUGAUUAGAGCGAUCAUACCGGUCGGUGGAAGUCGCGUAGCAAGACUAAGGAAGGUGCUAGAGGUUGGAAUUGAGUCGUUGCACACAAGGCGCGCAAAACUUACACCCUGGCACGCAUUCACGGAGGACGAUGUUGCUCGUUUCAAAGCGCAUUGUGCUACGUGGAUAUUGGAGGAUGGGUUUACGUGCGCCCACCGACACCCGCGGCAGUACUUCACUGAGCCCAAGCUGACGUGGAAGAUUGUACACGCUCGCUAUGUGGACGAUAUCGCCCGAAUCAACCCAGAUGCCCGCACACUAAGUUACUCCCACUUCAUCCAGUACAAGCAGGACUACUUUCCUGGUGUCCGUCUAAAACGAACAGCGGAGGAUAUCUGUGACUGCUGCGUUCGCCUAGAUAUUUUGUUUCAGCAGCCCGAUAUUUCUGAGGAAGAGCGCGAGGUUGUACUACUGGAAAAGAGAACUCACCUUAACGAAGCAAUCGCUCAGCGGCGAUUCGUCCAACUUUGUCAAAGAUUAUACGGCUUUGCAUGCGCCUCAGCAGAUUUUAUCUGA